GCCGCAGGCCCCGCCCGAUCGAGCACUAAUGAGUGACUCUGUGGUUCUGUGUUUACUCUCCGUCGGUCCCGUGUGUGCGGGAUUCACCAGCUCAGACGCUCCUGGAGCUCCGCUGAAGUCUAACACGGUCAGUCUGGAUGAGUCAAUGUCUCUGUUCUGGUCAUUUAAUCUGUAGCAGCUCAUUGUGUGGAAUGACACACACAACCCAAUAACCAGCAGAAACACUCUCAAUGAACAGAUCGAGACUUAAAGACAAAUUGUGUUGUGGACAUGGAAGGAAAUCAGACCAUCCUGUACCCGGCCAAUGGAAACCUGGGAAAGGGCGACAGCAGGCCAUGCGCUCCUACUUCAAGCGCUCCGAUCCGUUCUUUGACCGGCUGGAGAACCACAGUCUGAUCGGUGUGGCCAACAUCUUCCUGUCCUGUCUGCUGUACAAGGUCAAGCUGCAGUACGCAGUUUCCAUCAUCAACCAGAAGGGGGAGGUGGCCGGUCGGCUUCACGUAGAGGUGGAGCGUCUGAGCGGAGAGCUAGAGGAGCGUGAGACAGGAGGCUCUGAGAUCAGUCCAGACGGCGAGACACAAGAACGUAAACUCACCUGCAUGGUCAGAUAAAAUAGGACAUCUCCAAUCAAACAUGCAAUAUGUGACGCGCGUAAUCUAAAGUAUCAUUUCUGGGAGCAGCAGGAGCCGGUGUUCAUCGCCCCAGAAGUGGGUCUGACGGCCCCCAGCAGCAGAGAGCCACAGACUCUGGUGCUGUUUGACAACUGCAAGACUCUAGAAGUGGCCGUAACUGAAGACUUUGUGGAGUUUGUGAUGGAGGGUGCUCUGGCGGUUGAGGUUUAUGGAAAUCUGGCUCUCUGGGAGCUGGGGGUGAUUCAGGCAAAGACUCGCUCUCUCAGAGAGAGGUACACUGAUGUGACGCGCAGGCUGGAGCUCUGGGUUCAGAUCCUGGAGCUGAAUGAUGCUGGAGAGUUUGUGCCGGUGGAGGUUCAGUCAGAUAAGGACGUCUACAACGGAGGAAUCUUUCAGCUCAAACAGUGUCAGUCCAAGCGUGUUCAGGUGGGGGUGUGUUCUGUCCUGGACUCCGGCACCAUGCCUCUGAUCACCGAGUCUGUGCUCAACGUCUCCAUCGGCAAUGUGGACGUCCAUCAGACUCGAACUGGCAAAAGCACAGAGACCCAGAGGGGGAAAAACACAUCUUUAUCUUUUAGUAAAAUCACCAUGUCUCAUUCACUAAGCGAGGUUGAUCUGGAGAGACUGAGAGCUCGGUGGCUCACAGCUUUAACAGAACGACAGGAAUAUCUGGACCAGCGUCUUCAGAAACUUGUUGGCAAGCACGAGAAGUCAGAAGAGGAUGUGGAGAGCGAGUCUCGGCUGCUGGAGUGUCGUCUGACGCUGACGGAGAAGAGAAACGCUGUUCUGGUGCCCUCUGCUGGCAGCGGUAUCCCAGGAGCCCCGGCGGAGUGGGCUCCUGUGGCAGGAAUGGAGACGCACAUCCCAGUCAUCUUCCUGGACCUCAGAGCUGAUGACUUCCAUGAUCAUCUGUCUGCUCCUCUCGCUAGAGGUCUGGAUGCUGCGCUCGACAGAGAAGAUAAAGAUGAUUUCAUGGAUUUUCACUUACAGAUUGUCAAAUACUACGAUAAUGAGGUGAAGACAGAGGCAUCAUGGGACUGCACCAUUCAUGACAGUCCUGAGCUGAAUCGAGCGACGGGGCCGGAUCACAGGAUUUACCUCACCGUCCGCACCACAGUUCUGCUCAGUCAUCCCGCACAGAUGCAGCUGGUCCCGCGCAAGCGCAUCUGUGUGAACCUGACCGGGCGACAGGGUUUUGCUCAAAGUCUGCUGAGGAGAAUGUCUCACCGCAGCUCAGUUCACGCCUGUGGAGUCACGUUUGAGAUCGUCUCAAACAUCCCGGGGCUCUCGGGCAGCAGGAAAGAUCUGUCCACCAGCCAAGACUCAGAAGACAAUAAAGGUGGCUGGGACAGUACGCAGCAGAUUUCUGCACUAACAUCAGCCACGAAGAGCCCAUCUCACUCAGAGUCGGUACAAAAUCAAAACUCAGAGCCAGGUCUCUCAGGAUUCGCUGCAUCUUAUUUCUCCCCAGUGAAAGCUCUAGUGUCUCCAGUACCCAAGAUGUUCAAGUCUCUGUUGUCCAAGAAAGAGGAGAAGAAAGAGACGCCUCCUCCUGCUGCAUUUGAGCAGAAUGCGCCACGCAUUGUUGUUCAGUCUGAAAGUCUUGAAGACAUCAACAGCUAUGAACUGGUAAGUCUCUUAAGUUGGAACCCAAAUUUUUAUUUUAUUUGUAAAAAACCCACUUCUGACAUCCAGAAAGUAAGUCUACAUAGCUAUGGUAUGGAAACUCCACUUUCAGAGAAUCCAGAGAAUGUUAAGGAGAUUCUGUUGCCUCAUUUUCCUCAAGAAGUUCCACCUCUUUCUGUUCCUCCAGUGGUUGAGGAAGUUCUAACAUCUAAUCUUACUCCAGAAGUUGAGGUUCCACCUCGUAAUCGUUCUUCAGAGGUUGAGGAGGUUCUACAGCCAUCUGUUCCUCAGUUGAUUCAGGAAGUUCUACCAUCUAACCUUUCUUCAGGAGUUGAGGAGGUUCUAUCUCCACCUGUUCCUCCAUUGGUUGCUGAAGUUCUAGCUCCUAAUCUUUCUCCAGAGGCUGAGGAAGUUCUAUCUCCAUCUGUUUCUGCACAAGUCAGAAAGGUUCCACCUUCUUCUGCUUCUUCAGGAGUCAAAGAGUCUCUACUUCCUAUAGUUCCAUCCGAGAUCAACGAGUUUCCACCUCCUGCUUCUGUAGAGGUUGAAUACCCCAAGCAAAGACCAGUUGGUGAUUCAACAAACAGCUCCAUCAGCAAUGUCUCAAGUGGAUACAUCUCCACAAGUGUCUCCACAGCGACUCUCUCUGAGUGUGCGGUCUCGAAUGUUGACCCUUCUCUUCUUGACAGCACAGAGGCUAAAAUAGGCUCUACUUCCAAAACGACUGAACCAAACACAGAGUUUGUGCCAACAAGCAGCACAUCCCAAAAGCAUCAGUCAAAACUUGAACCAGAUGACCUAGAACUGGAAAAACGGGUACCUACAGAAUCCCAGACAUCAGAAGAACAUGGUCCAAAGUCUCCUCUAGAUAUAUCUCCUCAAAAACUCCUCAGUGUUUCUGAUUCCUUUCCUCAAGAAACCUCUGAAACCAACGUCUCAUCAUCCAAUUUAGCCACAUCAGUACCAUCUACACCACUGGAACCACCAGCUGCCUCGAAAACAACUGAUCCGUCAAUUCCAGUCAAGACAGCUAAGCCAUCAAUGCCUGACCAGCAAUCAAGACCUGAACAAAACAUCAAACCCACUCCUGCUCCCUACUCCAACCCUUUCCAAAUCCACUAAGUCAAGACCUCCGGCCUUAAGUCUUUCAAAGGCGUCCUGCAUGAAGAAGACGAAGAGGGCAAAACUAAACUCAGUAACUCUUUAUCUUCACUGAGUGUGUCUCAAGAAAGACUGGAGAUCCUUUCAGAUUAAGAGGAAAGCCUUGAGACUCCCGACUGGCUGAAAGAGGGUAAAUAUGUGACGGGCACAAAUAAAACUGGAACAAUCCGUUAUAUAAUCCGUUAUCUUUUUAAAUGAAAUGAUCAAAAUACCACUGAUUUGCAAAUAUGUCCAGGUAAAAACGAUGGUUCGGUUGGUGGUCGCCAUUACUUCCACUGCAACCCUGGUUACGGUGUUCUCGUGAGACCGAAUCGGGUCAUGAAAGCAGCAGGUACCGCUAAACGGUCAAGGCAGAAACGCAAGCAGAACCUCUCGGGAUCUAGUCCCAACCUGGCAGCCCUUACAGCGAUGGCCAAAGGAGAAGCUGGAGCAUGCAAGGGUGAAAACAGAAAGUCUUGGGUUAGCUGAGGACAAUGCAUGCUUGUUGAUGGACGUGUGCGGAGGACAGUAUUGGUAUGGCACUGAAACACAACAUUGAUACUGGCAGGGAUGUAACUGCCAUCUGA